AUGGCAGAGACAGCUGUAGCAGCGACUUUGAGUCGACGUUCAGCUUUGCUGGCGGAUUCGAGAGCGUCGUCAACUUCAGACUGGGUGGUGGUAGCCGAGUCGAUCUUUUCGUCGUCGCUAAUGACGGUUGUGGAACGGCUCUCGAGCUGGAUCGCACGCUUGACGUCGUAUCCUGCGUACUUUGGGCCGGUUAGCACGUUGUAUCAGAUUGAGAAGACAGCAAUGUACCUCGAGACUCGUCAUCAGAUCAGCAAGGCUGUUCAACGCCUGGGCGAGGGUAUCUUUCACUUUGCUCGAGCUGCGAUAGUGAUGGAACCAAGAGGGAUGGGCAAGGUCUUGAACAAUGGGUGCCGUCUUGUCAAACCAUCUGUGUUGCUGGUGUUGGUUAUGCUCUUUUCGUGCCGCCUAAUGGUGCACUCACUCGACCAAGUGUCCCAUGUUGCGGAUUCGAACAUCCCAGGCAUCUCCUCCUAUGUGUUGCGCCACUGCGAACGCUUCUCGAGCAGGUACGACAGCACAUCGUUCGACCUAUCGAUGGAUUAG